AUGAUACACACUCAUAUUAGCAUUGAAGAUUAUGACAAAUUGCCAAAGUUUACCUGGAAAGAAUUUAAUCAACGUGUUCAUAGUGGUGCUAAUCUUGUUGUUUGUGAUGGACAUGUAAUUGAUGUUCACAAAUGGAUUGAUUCUCAUCCAGGUGGAGGCCAUAUAAUUAAAAGGGUUGUUGGGUCUGAUAUUACCAACGAUUUUUACAAUAUGCAUCAAGAUAUUUCAAUCACUGAAGAAUUUGAUACACCAGAGACACCUUUAUUAUUAACCGAAGAACCUUCCAAGAAAAAUUCCAUGAUAUUUAAAUAUAUUUAUCAUCUUCAAGGGAAAUAUACUCCUCAAAAAAAGAACACAUUUGCUACUUUCAUUGAUAUUCUUAAUUCAAAAUAUUAUUUAAAAGCUCCUAUUGCACAACAUACUCAUAGCAGGUUUGCAACUCAAACGAUGGCUUCGAUGGUUAUAGCUAAAAUUGAAGGAAUUGAAAAAGAUUAUGUAACAGAUAGAUUUUCUAUGGCAACAUCCAUUGAUAGUCAAAUCAAUUCAUUAUCUAGUGAUGACGAUGAAUUACCUUCUAAUAUGGAGCAUAUCAAAUUUUACCGUUAUAAGCUUACUAGUAAAGCGAUGGUUAAUGUAAAUGAUAAAAUUCCUGUGAUGAGAUUUACUUUCACUAAAAUUUAUCAACAUAGUAAUGAUGAUAAUAUGAGAUUUUAUCCAGGAAAUUACGUUGAAUUAUUUGCCAAAGUAAAAGGUCAGAUGGUGACAAGAAAAUAUUGUCCAUUGGAAGGCAAAUUUUCGAAAUCAUUUUCGAUUUACGUUAAGAUUUAUCCGAAUGGACUUUUAUCUCGGCAUUUGAAUAAACAACUGUUAGGAUAUGAAAUUUUAGUCCGUGGUCCAUUUGAUGUCAAAUUAUCUCCUUAUACUAGAAUAUUACCAUUUGCUGUAAAAGGUUCCUUAUUAAAUCCGAAUGGCCUUGAUGGAUGUUGGAAUGAAUUAUACAUGAUUGCUGGAGGUACUGGCGUAACACCAAUGUUGCAGUUAAUAAAGUAUCAUUUAGAACAAUCAUCAAAGCAAAUUAAUGAAGUUGAUCAUUAUAAAAGGAUGAAUUUACUAUAUGCAAAUGACACGGUUGAAGAUAUAAUUGAUGGCAUAUUGCUCGAAGAUUUAGCACUCACGAGUCGUGGACAACUUACUGUCACAUAUUGUCUUUCAAAUCCACCUGAAGAAUGGAAAGGUUUAAGUGGUAUAAUUGAUUUGAACUUAUUAUCAGAAUGGCUAACUAAAAUGGGAUGUGAAUUAACUUCAUAUUCACCUGAACAAUAUCAAAGUUCUUCAAAUGUUGGAAAUAUUUUUCUUAGUAGUUCCGUACGCUAUGUCGGAUAUAAUGAUAUAUAUAAUAUCAAAGAUGAUCAAAAGAAUUCAAAGCGAUCUUUUGUCUCCUCUCUGUCACAAAUUAAUGAAACUUUUCAUGGAAAUCAGUCUUCUAUGAGAAGUUCAAAAACUUCUUUACAACUUGACAGAGAAAUAAAUGAUGAUUCUAAUAAUAAAUUCACAUUACAAAAAGAAGUAUCUAAAAAGAAUUCUCAACUAUCGAUAGACCUUAAUGCUCUUCCUACAGCGUUACGGACAGAAAUUAGUCCUUUAUUUGAUAAAAGCUCUGGAAUUAACUUUUUGCAUCGAAAAAUUGUUGUUUGCGGACCAAAUGGAAUG